AAGUGAGUGAUUAACUUAUUUCUGCAUUAAGUACCUCAAGGUGCGCUGGUAGAGAAUGCUGUAAGGUAAAAAGUCCACCAAUUUUACAUUCUGGGUGCAAUACCUGUUUAAUUAAAUAACACAUAUCACAUAAACACACGUCUCUUACUGAACACGGCUCUAGAUAGAGCGUCGACAAAUUAAUGCAAUUCGAUAAAUUAUGUGCAGUAUAGAUAGGUCUAUACUAAUGCAUAUUAUGUGUUAUACAUAUUUAUAACGAUUAUAAAACACACUACUAAGUUCGUGCCGUAUCAACGUGGUUGAUAAUCAGCUUAAAUGGUUUAAUAAAGCGUUGUUUUUAAAAAUUACACGUUCUGUAUUGCGAGUGUUGAAACAAGUGUCCAUCCGAGAGUUCAAUUUAAACACGUUUUAAUCGAUUCUUCCUUGCCAAUGUGGUUUUUAUUCCUUUCUGAUAAGAGUGAUGACAUGUAGGCAAGUGUAUUCGACCAGUCGAUUCCCACGUGUGGAGAUAUGCACGCGUGUGUAAUAUUUUCAACGCUUAUUGUGUUUUCGAGUUCUGUGACACUGCGGACGGAACCAAGUACGAGCAGAACAAGUAAAACUAAGAUCGAGUUGAAGCCCAUUCGCAUCUCCUGCUCCUUGACAGACAUAGUCGUGAUUUCAGCACCAGUCAUACAAAAUGCUAUCUACUACCUAUACAAGCCUAGCGGAGAAUGCACCAAAUUGAACGUUACACGUCCGAAAUACUACCACAAAAAACUAUUUUUCAACGAUAUUUACGACAAUAUCGUUAUACAGAACAGAAGGAACUAUGAGGGAAUCGUUCCCGUCAGCAAUUUCAGGGUCUUCAAUCUCAAUGAUGAUGUCGAAGGCACGGAAACAUUUGAGGACAAUACGAAGAAGUUGAAUUCGAACGAUUUUAUCAUCGGACCUCUGUUGAGAGAAGACCACGGCAACUGGGUGCUGAGUGCGUACUACCAGGAUAUAGAUGGCGAUUGGGUGGAGACGUUUCAAGUCAUCACGAUAGAAAUUACAGACUACGUGCCCCCCAGUCCGACCGUGGCUCACUUGAAGCAAGGAGACACUUUCGCAUUCAGCUUCGCCUACCCAAUCCAGAACCUGACCAGUUGCGAGCUGAUCGCUCCAAGAUCCACCUUUGACAGGUUCUACGAGAGGAGUACCAUCGACAUGGAUACCUGUGGAUACGUCAUCAGGAACUUGACGAGCGAAGACCAAGGGCUGUGGAGGAUCACAGGUGUGGGAGACAUAGUGUAUGGGACCCAAGUGUAUUUGGAAGUGCUGCAGCCGAAUCAGAAAAGUUUGUUUGACAUACAUUAAACGGCUCUGUCCAUGAAGACCAUAGUGCAACCUCUCGAUUAACAAUAGUCAGAUUUGAUAUGGUUGCACUCACAGAAUAGAAUGUCU